AUGGGAAACGGAUCCCCAGCGGGUUUAGGGACGGGGAAUACCUAUUACUUUCUAACGGGGAUUGGGGCGGAUCUGGGUUCUUCCAUCGGCGCCUCCGUCUCCCACCCCCGCAUCAAGGCGCGUUGUUCUGGUCAAAGCGGCUUCAUCGUCGUGCACAAGACCCACCUUGUCCACCAAUUGGGAUUUUCAAUUCGCAGAUGGUCUUUUGGUGUCUUCAUUUCACAGGGUCUCUUCUUGGGUUCAAUUGGAGCUGCACAUCACAGAGAUGGACUUAAGAAGUUGAACAUCACUCACAUUUUGACCGUUGGUAGUUCAUUGGCUCCUGCUUAUCGAGAUGAAUUCGUAUAUGAGGUCUUGAAUGUUGUGGACAAAGAAUCGACAGAUCUGAAACAACAAUUUGAUGAACAUUUCACUUAUAUUAAAGAAGCUAAAAGAUCUGGUGGCGUGUUAGUUCAUUGCUUUGUGGGAAAAUCCAAGAGUGUGACUAUUGUUCUUGCUUAUCUGAUGAAAAGACAUGGUAUGAGUCUAAAUGAAGCUCUUGAACAUGAGCGGAGCAGACUGCUACAUGCAUCUCCCAAUGUUGGUUUCCUCACUUCCUCCACGAAAUCACAUUUCUUCUAAUCAUAGCAAUCUGAUUUCUCUCAUAAUUGUACAGUGAUUAGUGGUUGUUAAUUUUACAGUAGA